AUGAGCGUCGAUCAAGAACGAGAGCGUGAACCUGAGGACCGGUGGAGCGAGAUAAACGAUGAGCGUGAGGUUGAUCACCACCUUGGCCAGAGCUGGGGAGAACCUGGUCUCAAGGGAUAUGCCGGCGGGUCGGCAUGGAAUGAUCCCACUCCUGCUCGUAGCUCGACAAUCAAAUCAUACUCUAGAGGUUUUGGCAGUACCGUUCCUUUAGAUCAUGACGAUCGCAUACAAGAGUCAGGCGGGAAAGGCCUAAGUGACGCGCAUCAUGCAAUGUACGGAUCGCACCGCCUUGCUCAAGACAGGUUCAUGUGGAUCCUUCCGUACCAACACGAUCCCCGUGUCGUUUCAAUGCACAACUUCAUAGAGCAGUCAAGCUCCGCUUUGGCGAAACUCGGUUUCCAUAAAUACCUUAAUACUAGGGAGAAGGGUGCUCUAUUCGUCAAUGUCGACUACACCUCAGAGGAGGCCCCGACCGAACCUGCGUUCGAUUGGCUCAAGUUCCCCGAUCUCCAGCGAACAAGAGACCGAACGCUGCAGCAAUCGGUUGCAGCAAAUAAUCCCGCAAAAACUUGCCUUGUCUUCAUGUUCCUCGUGUCAAAGUCGGGGAACUCUGUCGGGAUGUGGAGACGGAAGAUCCCUGUGCCCCAAUCUCUUCAAACUGCCUACCAGGACAGGGUACGGAGAUUGGAGUCGGAAGUGCGCGAUAAAGUAUAUGUGGUCAAAAUAGAGUAA